GUUCCGGGAGACGCGUUGGCAAUUUCCUAAACACAGCUCGUACACUAGUAUCCUCCGAGGCCAGGGAGAGAGGUGUAUGUGUGUGUGUGUCUGUGUUAGAUGUGACGCCGGCUGGAAGGCGACCUGCUGAUUCAGAAAACAGUUGGAAACCGGUUUCAGAUGAGCAGUGUGCCCUGAAAUGGACACAGAGAUGAUUCCCAAAUUUUCGUCAAAGGAUGAAGAAGUUGACUACUGGAAGUCCCAAGCCCUGAAAUAUAAGAAAAGCUGCCAUGACGCCCAGGAGGAGCUGCAGGAGUUCCAGGAAGGGAGCCGAGAGCUGGAAGCUGAGUUGGAGGCACAGCUCGGCCAGGCUGAACACCGCCUACGAGACCUGCAAAGCGAGAAUGAGAGGCUGAAGAACGAGAUGUCCAACCUCAAGGAGAAGCUGGAGCAACAGUAUGCCCAGAGUUACAAACAGAUAUCUAUGCUUGAGGAUGACCUGGGCCAGACGCGCAGCAUCAAGGAGCAGCUCCACAAAUACGUCCGGGAGCUCGAGCAGGCCAACGAUGACCUGGAGAGAGCCAAAAGGGCAACAAUAGUGUCUCUUGAGGACUUCGAGGGCCGUUUGAACCAGGCCAUUGAGAGAAAUGCCUUCCUGGAGAGCGAGCUAGAUGAAAAGGAAUCUCUUCUUGUAUCUGUGCAGCGGCUGAAAGAUGAAGCACGAGACCUCAGACAAGAGCUGGCAGUACGGGAGAGAACUACAGACAGGAUGUCAGCACCCAGUUCACCCACCUUAGACAUUGAUAAGAUGGAUUCAGCAGUGCAGGCAUCUUUAUCUCUCCCAGCCACACCUGUAGGGAAGAGCAUAGAGCACCCGUUCAUCAGCCCAAAAGCAUUAACCAACGGCUGUGGCAACUCAUCCCUCACUCCUUCUGCUAGAAUCUCAGCUCUCAACAUUGUUGGUGAUCUUCUCAGAAAAGUCGGGGCUUUGGAGUCCAAACUCGCCGCCUGUAGGAACUUUGCCAAAGACCAAGCAGCAAGAAAAAACUACACCACUGACAAUGGCACACUCAUCAACAGCAACGCCACCAAGUUCUCUCACACUCUGCAUACCACGUACUUUGACAAAACGACUGUUAAUGGAUUGGACCCCAGCUCCUUGACCUCCAUGGCAUCAUCCAGAGCCGUGUCUCCACCAGGCAUGCUGCCUCUGAGUGUGUGAGGCGCCCCCACGUCAUACACACCUCUACUAAAACAACUAUCCACCCAACACAAAGUGGGAACACAGAGGACACUUGAAAGACCAUUACAUUGUGUGUGUGUGUGUGUGUGUGUGUGUGUGUGUGUGUGUGUUUGUGUGAAAGAGAGAGAGAGAGAGUGAGAGGACGUUUGAAAGGAACAUAUGCGUGUGUUUGCCUGGGAGUGUGCAUUUUUGAACUUGAUGUGUGCAAGAGAGGCUCGACUAUACGAUUAUUAUGCCUCCAGAUUGCAGCUCUAAAUGCAUUUGUGAGUAGGUGCACAGUCAUCUGUGCAUAUGCUCCUACCACAUACUUGCAUGUGCCUAAAGCUGUGCUGUAUCGUGCUUGUAUGAGUGUCAUCGCAAACGUGUUGCUCUUCUAGAAGUCGACUUUUGAAGUGGCAAAGUUAUACAAGUCCCACUGUUCAUCUGAGAGCUACUAUCCCUGACAAAAGGUCUUUAACAGACCUCAGCUUCCUCUGAACCUUCUUUUUCUUCUGUACUUUCACUUUAAUUGCACAGUUUAACUAAUUUCAAUUCAGAAUGUAUUACAUUUAAAAAGGGAUAUGUUCAUAUUAACUAAUUUAUCUCACAGUAUGCUUUAAAAUGCAACAUUUCCUGUUUGCUAUUUUUUCGCAUGUGUGCAUACGUAAUGUGGGGUUGGAGAGGUAUGGCUGGACCCCAUAUUUACAAGAAUGACUGAAGUGAAUGUUGAUCGUUCAAAGCCAUGUAGCCAUAGCGCAGCCGUUCCUCUUGUUACUGGCUACUAGCUGUAAUUCAUUUGGAAGUAGUCUCCAUGUUAAAGCUUGGAUAUAUCAGCUGGUUCUGUCCUCUGGGGUUAAACCUGCACUUAAACAAAUAGCUCCUCACAGGUGUCGAGUGUUUGGAUAUCCAUGGACUUUUCGAGGGAACAGUUUUGCCUUUUUUAAAUGUUAAAUGUUGUUUUUUUUUUUUAAAGUCUUGUGACAGGCUCAUUUACCUCAUUCUGAUAUGUUGGCAUUUAUUCACAGUUGAUUCAUAAUAUGAGAGAGAGAGUGAAUCUGGGUCUACAAAACUCUAACCAACACAAAAGGAUGAACACAGGAGAACAAAACAGUAAAAGCUGAAAUAAGGAUCCAUUUUGAGACUGUCUGUAACUGGUAACUUUGGCUGGUGUAUGUAAAUUUAUGGUCUGCUGAGGCCUUUGUGUCAAGCAGCACAUUUUGCUAAUUAUUGUUAUUGUGUGACUCUUGGAUUUUUAGCUGGUUUGGUAUUGGCUCUGCAUCCAUUUUACAUCCCAAAAUUGUGUCUGAAUCCAUUUUGCCCACGUAUCGCUCCCUGUCACAGAUCUUUGCUCAUUCUUCAGUGUCUCUUAUUUGACAUACAGGAGCAUAAUUUGAUGCAUUUAGUAUUCAUUGUUAUUUAAUUAUAUAAGAUGUUAUUUUGGGCACUAUGAGAGCCUGUUACUAAAAUGUGUUCGACAGUCAGUGUACAUAACUUGUAAGGAUGGUAAUUUUGCUUACCACAUUUGUACAUAUUGACAUUUGGCAUUAUAAGGUCCUAUUUAUUUCAGAAUCCGUAUGGCAUGUGUUCAAAUAAUGAGUUUUGCUAUCAUACAGUGGUUAAAGCCAUUGUAUUAUGAUACCAAAUUGUUUGUCAAAAUUGUUUAAGUAAAUAAAGAUUGAGAUGACAAAUA